AUGCAACCCAUAGCACAUUAUGGUGCCUACGCUGCAAAGGGAUAUGAAGCCUCCGGAUCAAGGUCCAUCACUUCCUCGUCUACAGCACCACCGGACAGCCAUCAGCAGCCCACACCUAAUGCCUACGAUGCCACAAAGCUUUUGAUUGGCGCCGUUGCUGCUGCAGCUGCUGUUGGCUACUCAAGUGUUUCCAAUCCCCUCAAUUUCACAAACAUGAUUGGUACCAGCGGUACAGAUGCAGCAGCCUAUGCAAGCCGCUACCAUGCAGCCUGCCAAGCCGCAUAUCAACACCAGUACUAUGACUACCACCAGCAUUACAGUAACAAUGUCAAUCUUCAACGGCAUACUUCCGCAUUCCAAGCACCCUUCAGUUAUGGGUUCCCGCAACAAUCGCAAAAUCCCUCCACAUCUGUCAACGUCACCAAACCUGCCUCUUCGGUAACCCAGUCUUCAAAAACCUCAGCCAUAACCAAUCGGAAGACUAGGAAACGACCACCUUCAGGCACUUCAACAAAAUUUGCUGCCACUGAUGCGAAGAAAAGAGAAGACUUUGAUAAACUUGUUCGUGCUAGGACAGACAAGUUACUUUCUGAUGGACCUCUAUUUGCUCCACUCUCAGUGAACGAAGGCAUAGGAAACGCCUCGUCGACAUCAUCUUGCAAUUCUCUCACCAAUAGUACUGAAGGCGCUUCGGUAGCCGCCGCAAUCGCCUCUAGUAACGCACGACUUCUUCGAACCGUGCUUGAUGAGAAAAUCCGUAAACUCAUGACAUCUCCAUCUGUCCGUGGAGUGCUGCGGUCAAGGCAAGCAAUGGUGGGGAUGCGGAAGCGAAACAGUGAACUUUUCGCUGUACAGCUGCAUUCUGCACACAGCUAG